AUGGCACCUCUCAUUGCAAUUGAGGAGCACUAUCUUUCUCCUCUGCUUCCCGAGCAGAAGAACAUGUACAUCCGUCCAAGUAUCAAGGACUUUGGGCCAGCCGUACUUGACAAGCUCGGAGACCUGGGCCCUGCUAGGUUGCAAGAUAUGGCAAAUGACUCCAUAUCAAUGACGGUCCUUUCCCACCUACCUACAACUGCUGAAGCUUCCGUUUGCAAAUCCGUCAAUAACGACCUUCAUUCCAAGAUUAGCAAACAUCCAGACCAUUACGCCGCUUUUGCUCUCUUACCUCUCGAAGAUCCGGCUGCUGCCGCAGAAGAGCUAAAAAGAUGCGUGCGGGAGCUGGGGUUUGUUGGUGCACUUACCGGAAACCAUCUGGACGACGGCAGCUUUUUCGACACGCCCAAAUUCUAUCCUCUCUGGGAGGCGGCGCAGGAGCUAGAUGUCCCCAUCUACAUUCACCCAACAUUUGCUUCGAAGGAAGAGUCUAAAAUCAAUUUUGAAGGUCCUUAUGACGCGGAGAUCGCAAAGGCGUUGAGUGCGUGGGGCUGGGGCUGGCAUUCACGGACGGCUCUGCACUUUCUUCGCCUUUUCGCGGCUGGAACCUUUGACAGAUUCCCUAAACUGAAAAUCAUCUUGGGACACAUGGGAGAGAUGAUCCCCUUCAUGCUGGAUCGGAUCGUGAGGUCGUCGGGAAAAUGGCCGCCUUCUGAAGAUCGAAAGAGAGGGCUGAGAGAUGUUUGGGACAGUAAUGUGUGGGUUACAACCAGCGGCAUGUUUUCACUGGCACCAAUGGCUUGUUUACUGCAGGAGGCAAAGAUGGAUAGGAUCAUCUUCAGUGUUGAUUACCCGUUCUCAAACAACGCACAAGGUCGGGAGUUUAUGGAGAAGUUGAAGAACAGUGGGUUUGUCAAUGAGGAGCAGUGGGAGGGAAUUGCGUGGAAAAAUGUCAAAAGCCUUCUUAAUCUUAAGCUAGAACAUCAGAAAUGA